GGGAGCUUCAGGGGGUGAGAAGGGAGGUGUGAAAACAGGGACAGAUUACACGAGGGGAAGCCGAAGGAAAAUUAAAAGGGAGAAAAGGGUAGGAGUAAAUUUACAAGUGGUGCAAGGGAGGGGAGAGGAGGAAUUGUACAGGGUGGGUUGUGCGAAGAGAGGGGAUACCGGUAGGGAAAGGCAAGGUUUAGGAGUUGAAAAACAAAACGAGGUUGAAAAGAGAGGGAGGAUCGUUAAAGGGGUGUUAAAUAGAAAGGGUCAGAUACCACGCGGAGGGGGUGGGGGCGCAGAGUGUAAACUGGGAAAGGAAGAUAAUUGAAAGCAGAGAAAUAGUCGGGGAAAUCGGGGAGGGGGAGUUUUCUUAUGAAAAGCUAACAAAUUACUGAUUAAGGAGGGAAAAUAAUUAGGAGAUGAUAUAGUUGGAAAAGUGGAAUAGAGAUGGACAAAAACCAACAUGGAAUGUAAUUGAGGGAAGAUCAAAUGAGGGGAGCAAACAGAAAGUCAUUGGAAACAUUAGACAAACAAUCCAAGCGAGACAAAGGAAGGUAGAGAGAGAGAUAUAUACACAGGAGCAACCAACAGAGCAAAGACUGUAACAAGAAGCAACUAACUUAUAGGAAAAGGGCAAAUAAUAAUGAUGUCCAGCGAGUGCUGACACAACAGGAAAGUAGAACGUACUGGUGGGGAGGAGAGAGCAAAGAGCAGCCGAGGCAUACACAGGAAAACAAACACCACAGUACAGAUUAGGGUGAGAGGACAAAGCAUAAGAAGUGUAGGUUAAACACCAGGCAGAUAUAAACAGACUGCAAGAGGAAUAUAAAUAGAGUGCAAGAACAGAGUCAACAGAACAUAGAAACUGCAAGAGGAGUGCGCACACGAGGUGCCUCAGCAAGUACGGUGACACAGCAAAAAGUCACCAGAAACCGCUCGACUACCGCAAACACCAAGAGCAAGACUUUUUCUACACUUAUGUGCUGUUGCUAAGCUAUCAAGAAGAAUAGACGUGCAUACAAACCAAGAGGAAACUGAGUGAAACAAAAAGGCAGGGACUGCCGAAAAAGAGUGCAGUUGACACUCAGCACUAAACUGCCAGAUGUCGCCAGUAUCUCCGGUUGUUAGUAUGGGACUUAAACAAGAAGAAAGCAGGCAAAGUAUCUCUACUGCUCGCCAGUAGGCCAGUGGCAGAGGCAGAGCGCAGGAGGCUGGAGAUGAACGGCAGAUGUUGCAGUUAGGUAACGUACUACAAAUUGAGGCAAACGAGACUGCUGGCUCCACAGACUGCUUUAACUAACACGUUUCUUAACAAAGCGAAGGCUAUUUACUGGUCGGGAUAUCCGAACUCUGAUUGGACGGUGGGAGAUCUCAUCCGUAGAAUGAUCACAGGUUGAUAAGACUAACCCUCCAAGGGGAGCCAUCAACAAGAUCUGUUCCUUGGUCAUCUCUGAGGCUGAGCACUGACAAGACAGCCGACAGAGGAGAGGUUAACACCCUGACACAGUGGUGCCAAGAUAACAACCUUUCCCUCAAUGUCCAAAAAACAGAAAAGCUGAUCAUGGAUUACAGGAGGAAUGGAGAAAGGCUCACUCCGAUCAGCAUCAAUGGGACUGGAGCUGAGAGGUUGUUUACACAGGUCAGCUCUGGGGAAUGUAAUUUUUAAAAAUGGCGAGGUUUGAGACUUACCAGGAAUACCAGAGGCUUGUGGGGGAUGAGUAUGAAGAGGAUUCUCCACCUGGUGAAGAUCUAUUGGUUCAUGUUCCAGAGGGACUCAAAGAUUCAUGGCAUCACAUUAAGAACCUGGAUAACUUCUUCACAAGAAUAUAUCAUUUCCACCAGAAGAAUGGCUUUGCCUGCAUGAUGCUCUCUGAAUUCUUCGAACUGGUGCAGUUCUUGUUUGUUGUGCUUUUCACUACUUUCCUAUUCAACUGUGUGGAAUAUGAUGUGCUCUUUGCAAAUAAGUUCAUAAACCAUACUGGAUCGGGGUACCCGGAGAGGAAUAAAGUCACUCUGCCUGAUGCAAUUCUACCCACUGAGGAAUGUACCACAAGGAUUCGAAACAAUGGCUGGAUUAUCUUCCUCCUGAUCAUGGCUGCUGUCUUCUGGGUCUAUCGGUUGGUCAAAGUUAUCUGCAACCUCUUGAGCUACUGGGAAAUCAGAACAUUCUACAUUAAAGCAUUGAAGAUUCCCACGAUCGAGCUGUGCAAUUAUACGUGGCAGGAGGUGCAGGCUCGCCUGAUCCAGCUGCAGCGGGAGCACCAGAUGUGCAUCCACAAGAAGGAGCUGACGGAGCUGGACAUUUACCACCGCAUCCUGCGCUUCAAGAACUACAUGGUGGCCAUGGUGAACAAGUCUCUGCUGCCCGUCCGCCUCAGCGUCCCGUUCCUGGGCGACAUCGUCUUUUUUUCCCAGGGCCUGAAGUACAACUUUGAACUGAUUUUCUUCUGGGGCCCUGGCUCUCUGUUCCAGAACAAGUGGAACCUUCAUCCCAAGUAUAAGCGCUCCGGCAGCCGCUUGGAGCUGGCCCAGCAGCUCAGCCGGAUGGUGCUGCUGAUGGGUGUUGCCAACCUCUUGCUCUGCCCCUUCAUUCUAGUCUGGCAGGUCCUCUAUGCCUUCUUCAGCUACACGGAGGUGAUCAAGAGGGAGCCGGGUAGCUUGGGAGCCCGUCGCUGGUCCCUGUUCGGCCGCCUUUACCUCCGGCACUUCAAUGAGUUGGAUCACGAGCUACAAGCCCGCCUCAGCCGUGGCUACAAACCUGCUGCCAAAUACAUGAACUCCUUCACUUCGCCACUGCUGAUGGUCAUUGCCCAGAACCUGGCCUUCUUCUCAGGCUCCAUCCUGGCCGUCCUGAUCGCCCUCACUGUCUACGAUGAGGAUGUGCUGACGGUUCAACACAUCCUGACUGCCAUUACGGUGCUGGGCAUUGUAGUGACGGUGUGUAGGUCUUUCAUUCCGGAUGAAUACAUGGUGUGGUGCCCAGAGCAGCUUCUGCAGUGUGUUCUUGCCCACAUUCACUACAUGCCUGACCAUUGGAAAGGAAAUGCAAAUAAAUCAGAGACCCGGGAUGAGAUGGCACAGCUCUUCCAGUACAAAGCGGUGUUUAUUCUGGAGGAGUUACUCAGCCCCAUCAUCACUCCAUUUGUGCUGAUCUUUUCCUUGCGACCCAAAUCCCUGGAGAUCAUUGACUUCUUCCGGAACUUCUCAGUGGAGGUGGUUGGAGUUGGCGACAUCUGCUCCUUUGCACAGAUGGAUGUCCGCAAGCACGGAAAUCCAAUGUGGCAGUCAGAAGGCCAAACUGAGGCCAGUGUCUACCAGCAGGCAGAGAAUGGGAAGACUGAACUCUCUCUCAUGCACUUCACCAUCACCAACCCUCGCUGGCAUCCACCACAGGACAGCUCUAUCUUCAUCAGCCACCUGAAGGACAAAGUGCAGCAUGAUGCCGCUGCCGGGCUUCCUACCCAGCACCUCCUCUCUGACACUCCGCUCUGCAGCUCACUUCUGUCCAACGAGUCCGCCAAUAUUCCUGAAAAUCUCAUCAUGAGCCUGCUGACGCACUCGGCCCUGCCUGGCUCACCCCCGAUGGGCAGGGAUGGGCGUCCUGCCCAGUCUUGCAGUACAGCGUCUGCUGCUGCCAGUGUACUGGCCUCGCUGUCCUCCUCUCACCACCCGGCCCGCACAAGAUCCCACACACUCCUGGUGGAGAAUGGUGCCGAGAGUUCCCUGUACCGCAGUGACAGGACCAUCAUUGAAGAGAGCGUGACAGAGAGUGCUGGCUCAGGCAGAUCCCUACUUCUCGCUAACAUUGCUUCCACAGAAAUGAGUCUACAUGCUAUCUACAUGCAUGAGAUCCACCAGCAGACAGUACAGCCGCAGCAGAUGGGACCUAGAUCACAAGUCCACAGCUUGAUCACUGAGCAGCCCACCGCUCCAGUACCUCGGUUAAGUUCACCUGAAACGCUAAGGGCCCAUUCGCAGCUCCAUCUUGGCGGUUGGACAGAGGAGGCAGAUGGAGAGCUUCUUGAUGCUGGUCCCAGGGGCUCAGAAACGGAAGUGCCUUCUCAGGUUUAACUAUUCGGACGGGACUGAUUUGCUGGCUCUAAGGUUUCCCGAUCUGGUGGUGGUGAGUUUCCUGCCACUUUCCCAAGGCCUGUGGUUGGCGAGUGGAGAACUUUCCCUGUGUUUGCAUUGCACUGAAGAGUGCCUCGACGUCUUCCAGUAUCUCUGCUGUGUUUGUUGUGAGUGCUGUUGGAUGUGCAGAGUGCACCACUGACUCUUCCUACAAACUGAUGGAAUUAUUUCAGAGGGUUUUUCUUUAAACGUGCAAAAGAUGAACCAUUGUUUGUGGCGCUUGUCCCUCUGUGGGAGUGGCUCUGACUAAAGCAAGGGGAGGGAGAAAGGUGAGCAAAAAUUGAAACAAUGGAUCAUUGUCACCCACCCACAUGAGACUUGUUCACCCAACUCCCACCCCAAUUUCUUGCCCUCUUCCCACCCUAGUGCUCUAUCUCUAUCGUGGGUCAGAUGAUCCCCCUUCUCCCUGGAUCAGAUACCACUUCCUUCUCCCUCCGUGUCCGUAGAGGAGAUGCGUUAGUGCUGUCUAAGUGCAGUGGGAGUGGGUGCAAGGAUGCCAGGUAUUUUGAAUGCUGGGAUCAGCCUUUUGUAUUGUGCCACCUCCACUCACCAACUCACUGCUUCUGCCAAACCCACCUCAGUUGUGGGUGGAUGUCAUUGAGAAUAACAGGCAUGGCAGCAAUUUUUUUUUAAUCCUAAUUCUACGCAAAACCUAUUCCUGGUUUUCCAGCAAAGGUUCACUGGGCAGUGAUCAGGAGUAAAAGCUUUCUCUUUGUGUUUGAAACCCCACCCUGGCACAUUGAAAUGACUGAACUGACGGAUACCCAGUUCAGCAGCCCUCCAUUGGAGGAACGUGUUUCCAGUGAAGCAUUGGAGAAUCCAGCUCAGACCCAGCAGAAGGGCUUGUGUAGCAUGGAAAGAGGCCAUUUGGUUCCUAGUCCCUGUGUCGAGUUACUCAGUGUUACCUGGAUCCUGGUUUCUCCCCGUUAGUAGUAUUCCUGUGGUCCCAGUGAGUGUUCUGAAUGGAUGUGCUUCUAUUCCAGGCAGCGAAUCCCUGAUCAUGGCAAUCACCUGCGUUCCCUCAUCUGCUUUCUGGUUCUCCCCCACCCACAGUUACCUUCAAUCCUGCUUCCCUGGUCACCACCCUCCUGCCUCUGGAAACUUGUUUUUUCACAAUUUGCAAACACUACUACUGAAUCUCCCUGCAACCCUUUUUGCUCUCCUGAUGACAGAUUGUUUCCACGUGAAUGUUAAGGACAGUAUCAGUGUUGAUCUGGAGCACGGGAACUCUUGGAAUAAUUAUCUCACUAUCUGCAGCAACAUCAUUUCCAGCUCCCUGUCAUCUUGGUCUCAGGUGCUCUGUCACAAGCUUUCCAACUUCUUUUGAGACGGCUUACAAUUUACCACAAUGUUAGAUUUAUUUAAUGCCGGCAUACAUCAGUCAGGGUCUCAGAUUUGUGACUUCGUCCUACACCAGCUGUAUAUUGCCUGGUUUUGAAGCUCCAUUCUGUACUCAACUAAAGCAGGAACAUGCUUGCUGUAGUGGGGAUUCCUUAGGAACCAAUGGGGAGGUGAUAGGAUAGGUAAAAGCCGAUGAAAAAAUGGGUGACAGAAAGUCACUUCUCAUAAAUGGGCUGCAGAUAGAACUUUACUCUGUAUCUAACAGACGUGGCCCUGUCCUGGGACCGUGUAGAAGGAGCAUUACUCUGUCUAGCCCAGGAGUGUGUGACAGGACAGUACAAUGGAAUCUUUAAUCUGUUUCUACUCUGUGCCCUUUUUUAUUACAAAAAUAUGUUUAUUGCAACUUUACAUUUCUACAAUACUACAACAAAAAUACUGAGACAACAACAGUGACUAAUACAAACUAAGUUAAAAUAUUCCCAUCCCUAUCUAGGAUGCCAUCUAUUCUCUACAGUCCCAGAACACCUCCGUGAUACCCCUGGACACUGCAUGUUCCUUUCCCACAGUUACUCAGGCACGACAUAACAUAACCCCACCCCUGCCUCUGAAUAUUGCCAGUCAGUCAGCCCAGGCAGAAUCCUCCACUGCCCACUUCCAGGACCUAUGGAUAGCCGGCCCCAGAAGCAAGUUUACUGGAACAUCCUCCUCCCUCCUGACCCCACCCUCCUGACUGGAUGACCAUAUAGAAGGAGGGUGGGGCUAAAAAGUAACCAGAACUUGAGGAGCAACACUCACAGAUAUUUCCCCAGAGUGUGUAAUGGGAUAGCGCUGAGGGAGCUUGUAACUCACAAUGUCUCUCAGAAGUGUGUAGCACAACAUUGUAGGGGGAGCUUUACUCCAUUGUCUAACCUAUGCCCUGGGAUUACGAUAGAGUGGUACAGAAAGAGCUUCAAUCUGUAAAACGGAAUGUUCCUACCCUGGGAGUAUGUAAUAGAACACUAUAAAUGUCUAAUCUGUGUGGGGACAGUGCAGAGUGAGCUUCACUCCGUCUUUCUCGUGUUGACACUGCCCUGGAGUGUCUGAUGGAUCAGAUGAGUGCCGGCACAAGUAUUAACUUUGAUGACCAGUAUUCACUGGAUGGAGGUGCUAACUGUGUGUGGUGCUGUUCCCAUUGAAUGAACUCAUUUCAAGAUUAUACAAUCAGCUGCUCGAUGCGAUGAUGUCAGUUAACUUUACAAAAUAAUGACUGCUAAAUAGAAAAGUUUUAUUAAAUAUUUAUA